AUGUCCAGGUUCCAACGACUAGCCGGUACCGUCCGGCGGGCAGCUUUGCCAGCCACCGCUAUCACUGUUGGAGGUGGUGCCCUGCUCUACUACUCCUACCGACCGCGAAAUAUUCCCGGCUUCGAAGCCGCCGCAGUCCCUCCUCCCAUCUUCGGCGCCGACGGCACCUUUUCGCUACCCAAAUUCCCCAGAGUCAAGUCGCGUGAGGAACAGCUCGCCGAGCUCAAGAAGAGUGCUGGGGAUGGAGAGGAAUACGACUUGCUAGUCAUCGGCGCUGGCGCGACUGGUGCUGGAAUCGCCCUCGAUGCCGUUACUAGAGGCCUCAAGGUUGCCGUGGUCGAGCGCGAUGACUUCAGUAGCGGAACCAGCAGUAAGAGCACCAAGCUUGUGCACGGAGGUGUCAGAUAUCUGGAAAAGGCUGUCUGGAACCUUGACUAUAACCAAUACCAGCUAGUGAGGGAAGCGCUCAAGGAGCGCAAGUACUUCCUGCAGACUGCCCCCCAUUUGAGCCACUGGCUGCCCAUCAUGCUGCCACUGGACAAGUGGUGGAAGAUCCCAUACUACUGGGCUGGCACCAAGGCCUACGACUUCCUCGCCGGAAGCGAGGGCAUCGAGAGUUCCUACUUCCUGACCAAGAGUAAAGCCAUUGAUGCGUUCCCCAUGUUGAAGCAGGAAGACCUGGUUGGGGCCUUGGUCUACUAUGAUGGUGCUCACAAUGACUCGAGGAUGAACGUGUCGCUGGCCAUGACUGCUGCUCUGUACGGUGCUAAUAUUGUCAACCACGCUGAAGUCACUGGACUGCUCAAGGGUGCCGAUGGAAAGCUAUGCGGCGCCACCGUCAAGGACCGCAUUCCCGAGAGGAAUGGCAAGGACGCUCAAGAUUUGACCAUCAAGGCCAAGUGCAUUGUCAACGCCACAGGUCCCUUCUCGGAUGCCGUCAGGAAGAUGGACGAUCAGAAGUGCAUGGAUAUUGUUGCUCCCGCCUCCGGUGUGCACGUCAUCCUGCCGGGAUACUACAGUCCUGCUAAGAUGGGCUUGAUCGAUCCUUCAACCUCGGAUGGCCGCGUGAUUUUCUUCCUCCCAUGGCAGGGCAACACCAUUGCUGGCACCACGGAUGAGCCUGCAACAGUGACGCCUAACCCUUUGCCCGAUGAGAAGUCGAUCCAAUGGAUCUUGAACGAGGUCAGCCACUACCUCUCCCCGGACAUUACUGUCCGCCGUGGUGAUGUCUUGGCUGCAUGGUCUGGUCUUCGACCUCUAGUCAAGGAUCCCAAGGCUGCCAACACGGAGUCGCUCGUGCGUAACCACCUGAUUGAUGUUUCAGAGUCCGGUCUCAUCACAUGCGCCGGUGGCAAGUGGACUACUUACCGCCAGAUGGCUGAGGAGUGUGUCGACGAGGCCAUCAAGCAGUGCAACCUGCCCACCAAGCCCUUUGUCAAUGCUCCCCGUGUCAGCGGUACUGAGGCUAUAGAUGACGGCGCUAUUCUUAAUGGCCAGUGCCAAACUCACAACGUUCGGCUCAUUGGUGCCCAUGGCUUCAGCAAGACCCUUUUUAUCAACAUCAUUCAGCAUUUUGGCAUUGAGACCGAGGUUGCCAAGCACUUGACGGAGAGUUACGGAGACCGUGCCUGGACUGUGGCUGCUCUGUGCAAGACUACUGACCAGCGCUUCCCCGCCAGGGGUGAGCGAAUCUCGGCCUUGUAUCCCUUCGUCGAUGGAGAGGUGCGCUACGCCGUCCACAAUGAAUACGCACAGACAGCCGUCGAUGUUCUGGCCAGGAGAACGAGACUAUCUUUCUUGAACGCGCAAGCUGCCCUAGAGGCCUUGCCCAAGAUCAUUGAUAUCAUGAGUGAGGAACUGAAGUGGGAUAGCAAGCGCCAGGAGCGGGAGUGGACAGACACUGUAUCGUUCCUGCAGUCAAUGGGCCUGCCAGAGCCCAUGUUGAGUGCUACGAGGAGAGACGUCGAGAAGCGUAAGCUGGACUUUACCAGCUCGCUCGAGUACAAGAUGUACUCGAGGCACGACAAGCCCGUUGAGGCAUAA